AGCGACUUGGAUGCGCUGACAUUCCAAACAAGAGUCCCCUCUACAGUAAAUAUGCGCGGGCUGUGGCACAGUUUAGCUGAGUGUAAAUAAAAAUACAAGAUCUCUAUCCCUUUUCCCCUGAACGUGGACAACACUCUCCCCGGGAGAGGAAUAUGGCGGAGUCAAGUGAAAUGACUGAAGUCACGGUUAAGACUCUGGACUCACAGAGCAGGACCUACAAAGUCAGAGGCGAGCUGACAGUGAAGCAGUUUAAGGAGCACAUUGCAUCAUCAGUGGAGAUCCCAGUGGACAAACAGAGGCUCAUCUACCAGGGCAGAGUGCUGCAGGAUGACAAAACGCUGGCAGAGUACAAGGUAGAUGGGAAGGUGAUCCACUUGGUGGAGCGUGCCCCACCUCAAACCACCACAGCAUACUCUGGGGGUGCAGGAGUGUCCUCUGAAGGGGCAGAGGGUGGAAGCAGCACCAGCCAUGCCUCCACCUCCUCCCAGGGUCCACCACAUGACCGCAACAGCAACAGCUAUGUCAUGCUUGGGACCUUCAAUCUGCCGGUCAACAUCAUGGAGCCUCAGCAGAUACAGAUGUCUGUCCAGCAGAUGAUGGCUGGAGUUGGUGAAGCUGGAAGGAGUGCCAGGGUCAGCACCGGCUCUGGGAGCAAUGGCUCAGUGGAUGUGCACAUUAAUUUGGACCAGUCACUGCAGAGUGAGCCCAGGAUGAAGCUGCAGCUGGCUGACAACCUGCUCAGAGAUGCUUGCUCUCUGAUCCACAGGCUGGAGAGUGUGUCCAGUGACAGCAGCUCCCAAUCAGAGUCAGACAUACCUCACUCUUCCUCUUCCAUGCCGCCAUCUUCCUCUUCUGCAAGAUGGGCUACAGCAUCACAGCCCAUGGACACCAACCCUUCUCCUGCCCCAUCAUCCUCAACCUCCACACAGACUGACAGACCACCCAACACUGGACCCAACCACCCAAGUCCAGCAGAGUUUGUGGAGGUGCUCUCUGAGGUCAGGAGGGUGGAGGAGAGGUUACGACCCUUCAUAGAGAGGACCCACUCUAUCCUGGGAGCAGCCACCUCAGCAGACUACAACAACAACACGCAGGAGCGAGAGGAGGACCAGCGCAUUCUCAACCUGGUCGGCGAUGCUCUGCGUCUCCUUGGCAACACUUUGGUUGUCCUCGGUGAUCUGCGCUGCAACCUGGCAACCUCUCCUCCACGUCACCUGAAUGUUGCCCACCCCACGGGCCACUACACCCACCCAGUCCUGCUCCAGACUGGUCUUCCACACAUGCCCAUUCCAAUAAACCUGGGGACAACGUUGACCAUGACAUCAAAUGGGAGGCCUACACCUGAAGGACAACGCCAGCCUUCUCAGGCCACUGGCCAACCAGAUAACCAGACUUCAGGCCAGGCUCCUCCUCUUCAGUCCAAUGGAACUACUCAUCAUCAAGGACAGGGAGGACCCCGAGUGAUCCGGAUCACCCACCAGACCAUGGAGCCUGUAGUCAUGAUGCAGAUGAACAUUGAUGGUGAUUCAGCUACUGGCUCUCAGGUUCCAGGACAGCCAAAUGCUCCAGGUCAAGGGCAGCCUGGAGUGUCACCUGUCCACUUCCCAGGACUGCCCCCUGAGUUCAUGCAGGCCAUCAUCCACCAGAUCUCCCACCAAACUGCUUCCAUGGCUGCUGCAGCCUCAGCGGGCCACCCAGCACAGAUGGUUUCUAACCCUGGUUCCACACCCAGUGCUGAAGGAACUGCUUCCCCACACCACCCCCCUCCUGCUCAGGCCAGAGUGGUCAUUACCAGACCCUCCUUCUCACCCCGAAUCCCUCAGCCUGUGGGAACCAGAGGAGCCACUAUCAAUCUGAGGGCUACAGUACCAACAGCAGGCCAGCAGCCAGGACAGGGCACACCUCUGGCUCCAUCCUCUCUCACCCAGAUGAUCAGUGGUCUGGUGGGACAGCUCCUGAUGCCAGGACUGACAGGUGAUCACAUGUCCUCUUCAAGCAGUUCUCAGUCCUCCUUCUCUACCUCUUCUUCAUCUGAUUCCUCCACCACGUCUCCUCUUCACCCCGCCAACACCUCUGGACAGACAUCCACCUACACUACCAGUACUACCUCUAUGGGCCAGCCAGAAGAGGGCAGUCCUGAGGGAAAUCUGGUUCAGCUCCUGGGCUCUCUGCUGGGAGGAGCAGCUGGCCCUGCAGGUCCUGGCUCUGGUUCAUCACCCUCCAUCACUGUGACUCUGCCAAGGGUGCCCAGCUUCUUCCAGAGCAUGUCUGACUUCACACAACCACCUCCAAGCAGCCCUGGUGCCCCAGCUCCCCCCCAGUCCCCCGGCCCUGCCCGACCACAUGCCAGCAGUGGGCCAGCUGGAGAUUCUCUGAGCCCAGAGCUGUUCACCGGCAUUGUGCAGGGAGUGCUGUCCACUAUGAUGAGCUCCCUCGGGGCACAGCAGGGCAACGAAGAGAGCAUUGCCCAGUUCAUCCAGAGACUUUCUCAGACCAGCAACCUGUUCACUCCUGGCUCUGGAGAUGCAGUGGGGUUCUUUGGGGACCUUUUGUCCCUGGUGUGUCAGAGCUUCUCUAUGGUAGACAUGGUGCUGUUGCUUCAUGGGAAUGCCCAACCUCUAAACCGCAUCCAGCCCCAGCUCACUAACUUCUUCACUGAACACUACCUCCAGGGAAGACAGCCCACUGACGCUAACAUAGUUACAGCAGCUGAGGAGCUCAUCAACGGUCUGGAGGAGUACAUAGCAGAGAGCUUUGCCACAGUGACAGUGCAAGAGGGAGUGGACAUCGUUCAGACCAAUCUUUCAUUCCUCAGACAGCAGUUCACACAGAUGGCCUCACAUAUCCUGCGCUGCAAUGAUCAUACAUUUGGUCCCCGUCUGCUGUUACUGUGCACUCAGGGCCUUUUUGAGUGUCUGGCUCUCAACCUGUACUGUCUCAGAGGAGAGCAGAGAGCUCUGACUGCUGUCAUCAACCACCGCAUUAGGAGGAUGUCUGCAGAAAUCAAUCCCAGUCUGGUUAACUGGUUGACCAGUAUGAUGUUUAUGAGGCUGCGUGUCAUACUGGAACACAACCCAGUCACUGAGGACCAAAUCCAGCACUAUGUCAUCUAUGCACAGGCUGAGUUGAACCCGCGGACGGAGGCUAACAUUGAACAGUCAUCAGAGAGUCAGAGUGUGGAGAUGGAUGAGAGUUUAUCUCCUGCUGCAGCCACCACAGCAGAGGAGGCCAUGGCAUCAUCAGGUGACAGUGGAGAGAGGGGAGAGAGGGGAGCAUCUCCUAGAGAGACCACACCCUCAUCAGGGGACACUCAGCGUCCUGCUAGGGCCCCAACAGGACGUGAAGAAGUGGCCCCUGAGGUGGAGCCAUGGGCAACAGCUGUUCCGCCUGAAUGGGUUCCCAUCAUCAGGCAUGAUAUGCUGUCUCAGAGGAAGAUCAAAGCCCAGCCGCAACUGUCUGAUGCCUACCUGCAUGGGAUGCCUGCUAAAAGGAGGAAGACAACACAGUGUGAAGGACCACACCUUUCCCUGUCAGAGGCUGUGAGUCGAGCUGCACGCUCUGCAGGAGUCCUGCCAGUCACUGCUCUACACAGCCUGCAGGGGGAGCUGGAGGGACCAGACCUGCAGGAAGCAUAUGCUAAACAGGUUAAGAGUGACAUCAAACAGCGUGUGAAAGAAGAUCCAGACUACAACUCCCAGCGAUUCCCCAACACACACGAAGCUUUCUCAAUAGAAGACUCCUAAUCCUCACAUAGGAGUAGGGUCCAGAAGGGGAUUUGCACACAUUACAUGCAACAGCAUGGAACCAUGUAACAUGUAGUGUGGUAACAUCCCAUUCCAAAUAUGAUCUGAAAGGAGUACACUGAAUCAUUCUUCCUCUGACAUCACCUGGUGUAAUGUGGGAACAAUGGAAAAACCCUUCAUGGCUCAUGGUUGCAAGAUUGUGAGCUACUUGAGUUUUCUCAUGCUUUAACGUUCCCUCUAUUUUUUGAGAACCUAAGAUUGAGUCAGUCAGUGAGGCACUGAAUAUGAGAGAGAUGAUCUGACACCAGUAGGUCAUUAGAGAAGAGGGAAAAUAAAGAACUGGAUUAAUAAUCAAUAUUGUAAGAAUGAUGUCAAUUCCAUUUGUAUUCAGAAGUCGUACAUUUAAACUGGAACACCCCUAAAGUCAAAUUUCUGACUCGGAAAGUCCCCACCAGCCCCGACCUCAAAAUCCCGGAUUGCUGCCCUGCGUAUCACAAGGGUGAAAGUUGUAGUAAUAUUCUGUUUAUUAGCACUUCUGUCUUAUUUGUGUCUCACUAAAUCAGUCACACAGCACUGUCCAACUUCUAUCUGUGGACAUGUUGCUACACUGUUUGCACAAAAUAUAGCGUAAUGCAUUUUUAUCAAAUGGUAUUGCUAUUAAUGGCUAACAAUAGCUAACCUGGCUAGAACUGGUUUUCUGACAUCCUGACACAUGAGACUCGGGGGUGACAUCAUUCCUAGUUCCAACUUUUAACUUCCAAGUUAAAUGGAAAGCUGCUUAUAUGCAGAAUUAGACUGUCCUGUAGUCUAAAUUAUGAUAAUGACACAAUCUUUUGAGAAAAAAGCUCAAAAUACCAGAGAAUUGUCCAGCUUUGAUAUUUGAAAAUGAAGUUUUAAUAUAAGAAAAAAGUAACGAGAGUAGUGAUGUUAUAAAAAGGCCAUAUCAUAAUGUUACGAAGAAAUAAUUCAUGAGAAUUAAAAAUUGUCAUAUUGUUGCAAACAAAAUGUUGCAACACAUCAUGUAGCAAAAAAUGUCAGAACCUUAUGAAAAUAGUCAAUGUUAUGAAUAAAUAUGUGUAAAAUUAUGAAACUCAAAAUGUUACAAGAAAGUUAAAGUAAAUAAUACUGUAAAUAAUACUGUAGAUAAAGCUGUAAGUUUACAAGCAAAUUUGUACUACAUCAAGAAUAAAGUCAUAAUAUGAGAAAAAAUCUGUUUGUGUGACAGUGACAGCAACAUGGACAGCCAGAAAAGUUAAAAAAUACACAUGAAAUGUAAUCUACCUAAUUUAUAUUCUCAUGACUUUUUCUCAUUAAGAUGAAUUUAUUAUUGCAACAAGACAACAUUUUUCUUCAAAUAUUGUGACUAUCCCCAAAAGCUGAUAUUUUCCCAUUAGUGGUCCUGAUACUUAUUGAGUUAUAUCAUAAUGCUGCAAAUUUAGUUGCAUUCUGUGUCCAGCUAAACCGUAAAUGAGAGCAAAUUGUACAUAGUAAAUUAACAGUGAGUGUCAUAAAAGGCUCUUAUGGUGUCAAUCCAGUGACUAGUGUUAUCACCAUAAAUCAAGGAUGAUUAGUUCAUGUUUGCAUUUUAGGGCAUUAUCUAGCUCACACUGAUGUGGUCUUUAAUUACAGUAUAGUUUAUAUAUUUAGUAUAAAACUCUGUUACUGCCUGGAUGAGGCCGUGCUAAUGGUAGAAGUGUGUGAUGUUUGUUGGUGAGCA